GACUGCAUAACGUUGUGAGACAUAAUAGCGUAAACCAUGCAAGACGUUCACGGCAGGUUUUGGGAUAAGGCAAGACGUGAUUUUCGUGCGCGAAAAUAAAGGCGCAGUUACGGCAGGAAACUAAAACAACUUUACAGCCGCGUCCACGUUCGCUCGUCCAUCUGAAUUAUUGGCGGCGGUUAGCGGCGGCGAAAGUGAGAGGUCCGGCCGGCGAAGAAUAUGUCCACCACCGGCGCUGGCGAUGACAUCCUCCCUGUAACAUCUGCGCAUGAGGCAGUAGGUACGUCUGUUUCAAUGGACAUGCAACCUGUUUUGUCUGCAAUCGCCCCAUACACAGAGGGUGUAUCUGUGACUCCUCCGGCGGCAUUGAGGGCACCUGGACAUAUCGAAGAGCACACAAAAACAGCAGACGUGGUCGGCGCAGAGAAGCACAUCCCCAUGAGACAUAUUGGGCCACAUGAACAGGACACACCUCAUAUUCUUCAAAGCCACCCGGACAAUAUUGAUAUAAGAUUGAUACCUAAAGUCGGUAUGACAUUUAGUAACGUGGAUGAGGCGUAUAAUUUUUAUAGUCAAUAUGCAUACGAGGUAGGAUUUCCGUUGAAGAAAUACAGGGAGCGGAAGAAUUGUAAAUGGUUGAACUGUUCAAUGGAAGGAAAGAAUGCUGAAAGGGUAGCUGGAAAUCCAAGGAUACGUAACACAUGUUCGAAACGAACACAGUGCAAGGCUGGGAUGAAACUCAAAAAAAAUCUACGAUGAUGCUAAAGAGAAUGUUAUUUCUGUUCGGAUUGAUCUGGUAAACUAUGAGCAUAAUCAUGAAUUUUUGAA